AUGCCCUGCUCGAACGCCCACGGCGGCGACCAACCUCCCCAUCGAUGCCCAACAUCAACGUGUCCCGCCGCCAUCUCCAUCAUUCCUGCCACAAUCUCCGUUGCGACUAGCGCCACCACGUCGCCCUCUCCAACCAUCGAUCAAAACGCUACCGAAGGCUCACCAGCCUUCACUCUUACUAUCGCCGCCUUCGCCAUCAGUGAUGUGGACUCGGUCUCAGCCUCUCCUCUCUGCGAUUGUAAAUUCAACUGA